CUUAGAGAAAGUCAACUAUGGCGGUCGGCUUUCGCGCCGAAGCAUUUCGAAUAAUUCUGUUAUGCUCUCUGUGGUACACGAUCAGCUCAACAAACAAUGUUAUAGGCAAAAAGUUGCUUAUGGAUUUUCCCUAUCCUGUCACCGUGGCGAUGGUUCAUCUGCUCUCUACAGCGACAUAUUUAUCACCAACUCUUCACAUCUGGAAAGUUCCCCGUAUGCCUUCCAUACCUAAAUCUAGUCUCAUUACUUUGAUUUUACCACUCUCUUUUGGAAAAGCAUUUUCGUCUAUAACAAGCCAUAUUAGUAUAUGGAAAGUACCUGUUUCAUAUGCUCAUACAGGUAAGACUGUGAAAUGAUAAUAGAGGGUCCAUCAUUGUAGAUUGAUGCAUUUACUGACAUCUACUGGACCCGGCAUUCAAACGCCAUCAGUCCAUGCACGUAUACGUCUUUAAACUCAAUCCAUUGCAUAGCUAGGUUGAAUACAAUGUACUUUGUACAGAAAUUCAGUUAACAAAAAAACUUUCCUCAUCCUAUCUACGAGUGGAAUACUUCAUAUAUUUUAAAGUAAUUUAAUAAUUACUAGAAAAGUACCCAGAGGAGGAUCGAAUAGUAUCCCAUGAUGCAUUUUUCCAGAAGCAUCACGCAAUAUCGCAGUCAUAGCAGAUUCCAUCUUGAAAUAAGGUCGUUUUCUCGUCGGCUUUUUUCUCACUCGAUUUCCAGUAAAAGUAAAAAAAUUACAUUAUUUCGUUAUUUGACAUGAUUUCUCCGAUUUGCAAUGGCUUAAGAGCGAAGUUUCCACUUAGAAACAUUUAUUUUCACGGUUUCAAUUAGUCUUCCCAUCACAAAGUGUUCAGUGACCCACAACCAGGUCAAGAAUAUUCAAGGUUUUUUGGAAUAUAUGUUGAAAUCUUACAAAUGUGGACCUUACGCCAGCAAAAUGAAGUCCUGAAUAUUGUACAGGCCAAGAAGUACCCAGAAGUACCCACAUUUUGAAGACUUUUUUGUCCACCAAAGAUGGCUGAAAUUUCGAAUCUUUUAUCACAUUUCAACGCCAUGUGUCAUAAUAAUGUGUAAAGCCUGAUGAAGGCUACAAUCUGUUGGGCGCUUUUGAGAGCGCUUUAUGCCGAAGCAAUCACUUUGUAUUUUUCAAAGAGGUUAUUUUUAAAAGGAAUUUGACUAGAAUUAUUUUAAUUCGAAGAAGGAGCGGUGUAUAACGGUGUGUUUCAGUGUGAAAAGAACCCAAAGAAAGUAACCACGCAGCAUGCAAGCCGGCACAACGUAAACAGGCCUGCUCAGAAUUUGAAAAAGAAACAUCAUGCAGAAACUUUAUUUAUUCAAAAGAACAGAUCAGUAUUCUGGCCAGGAAAUUUCCUUGAACAUUGCUUGAGUCAGUACCGGGUAGACUGUGCUUCAGAGAAUUGUUUGUCGCAUCGAUAGGUUAAAUUUUAUUUGUAACUGCCAUUGUAAACUUCAGCUCCUUUGAGCGCGAUGCUGUAAUAAAUUAUCCUUUGGUAAUUAGCUUCACAGCGUAGCGGAUGUUUUGUUGGAACCACUUUAUAGAUCAGUCAUAGUUUUGGUUCUCCUCUGGCCUGGGUUCUCCUAGUGAACCUAGCGAAGCUUAUCAAUUGCGAGUCUUAUAAUUUGUGUUUACAGUGCGACCGAGCGCGGCACAAGUAGUUCUCGACAGAUCAGUGAAAUACAUGUAAAACCCUUCUCAGUCAAAGCAACGCUGAAAUUCUCCUUUAAAGCACAGUGAAUAUAUUUUGAAUCUCAAAAGCAGAAGCUGCUGAACCGAAACAUGUUUGGAAACCAUCCACAUCGAGCACUGCGAUCGAUGUUCACUUCGCGCGUGCUGAAGGUUACUGAUCAUAAUGUGUCACGUACACAGUGAUAAUAUAACAUGAAUCGAGGUGCAUCAUGGGAUACUAUUCGACCGUCGUCUGAAAAGUACCGUAAAAUUCCGAAAAUAGGCCACUGGGCUUUUAUUUUUCAAAGGCCCUUCUUGAGGGGCUUAUUUUUGAAGGGGCUUAUGUUCGGAUCAUAAUUGGCUAGGCUUAUAGUUGGAGGGAAAUUUGCGUCUCAAAAUCGAUUGGGCUAGCUUAUAGUUGGAAGGAAAUUUAGGUCAGUAAUUUGCAGAAAGGUUUUAGGGUUAGGGUCGCCCUGGGGAUGUAGAGCUUUCUAAAAAACGCAGCCAUGCAAGUACUUUGUCUGAAUGGACUGAGGAAAUCCAAACCCAGAAUGAAGAGUGACUACGCAAACAGCAAUGAAGUUUAACACUUUCUGACUGCAAUCAUCUGGCACGUGUAUAGUUCUUUGGCAAAUACAAAAAUUUGUAUGUUACUGUACCGUUAUUGCUUUGUGCUACUUUGCGUUUGAGGGCAAUUUCCAAGUACAAUAUAUUCAGAAGGGAGGGGGGUUGUGUUACGAGUUUGGGGGCCUUAUACAUGGAGGGACUUAUUUUCGGAAUUUUACGGUAUUACAGUGCUUAGAUUUUUACUCAACCACCGUUUUGUUAAGAUCAAGGACAAGACUUAGUUACUAUAUUUUGAAAAUUUAAUAUUUGUGUGGAUUUAGAACAGUCAUUUUAAAAUACCAUAUUUAGAAGAUGGCAGUCCUCACAAUUGAAUUUUUUUUACUGGAUGUUUGCUUGUAGAAGCCACAGACUUGAUUGUUUACAAAGGCAACAAAAGCCUUUACAGUAUUAGUCUCCUUCACAGCCAUUUUUUGUCAAAGAACGCUCGUUCUCGAUCCUUCUUGUGAGGAGGAGCAUUGCUUGACAUACAGAAAAUGGCUGCCAGUUGUGACAUAGUAAUCACAGGUUCUAAGUGCUGGUUUUUGUUUUUAUUUCCUCUUAUUUCUCUCUUGGACAUACUUCUUCAACAUCCCUUAAAAGUUAAGGUGAGUGUGAGAAUGUUUUCCAUUAUUGAUUUUUUAAAUAACUAUACUUAUUCACAUUUAAUUGUCAACCGUAGAAGGUGAUGUGCAUGCCUACAUCAUGCUUGCAUUUAAAUAAAACUCCUUCUUCUUUCUUUCUUUGAUAAGCAUUGUUACUAAAUACUCUUCAUAGCGCUUGUUCUAUUUUUUUCCUGUUUGUGUUUUGAAUAAACAUUAUUCUGUUUGUUUCACAAGUUGGAUACAAGUAGAUACUUUGUGCAUGGGACAUAUUUUGCACAGCUCAUGUCUAGGCCAGUUGUGAAUGAGCUUCUUAUGUCACCUUUUAUAAUCCAGGUGUUGUUUAAACAAAAUACAACAAUAUUACUCAUUGGGUUACAAUGUAUGUUGCUCAUGGUAUUGCUGGUAUUGUUUAAGAACAUGUAGAUGGAUCAGUUAAUUUACUUAAUAAAAUUGAUUUGCUUCUAACAGGCAACUAUGCCAGUCUUCACAGUUAUUCUUUCAAGAUUAAUUUUAGGAGAGUCACAGUCUCCAGAGGUGAGUAAAUGUGGAUUUACGAUCAUUCACUGAGCAUUUCAACCCUCAAUUUUUUUGCAUAGUAAAAUAAUACUGAUUGGAUUCAUUUAUUUUGUCACGUACUCUGCAGGUGUAUUGCUCAUUAAUUCCUGUUGUUGGUGGAGUGAUGAUAGCAACUGCAACUGAAAUAUCUUUUGAUUUUAUUGGCCUUGUCAGUGCAUUGCUAGCCACAUUCACUUUUUCUAUACAAAAUAUAUUUACGAAAAAGGUGAGUACUUCUGCUUACGCAUGUUACUUGAUUAAAAUUCCAUAAGUAGUGGUCAGCACUCACUGAGUUUGCCUGUUCCUGAGGAACUCAGAUAGUGAAGGGUAGGCAAAAUAGAAAUGCAAUGAAAACUUUGUGGUAACAAACAUCCCCGAUUUCCCUUCAUCUUUAUUUAUCCACCCUCAAUUAUCUGCAAGCUUGGAGAAAGCUGUCGCUGGGUUUAGAAGGCAUUGCACAUUAAUAACAUUGUUAACAUGAUUAUUGAUAUUAUUAAUAUACGAAAAUACUCCUAAAUAGCUAUAUUUCUUUACAUUACAUUCUCUGAUUUCAUGCUCAGAUUAAAGAAGUCUACUCAUUUACCACCUUCACGUAUAUUGACACUUCAAGGGUCCGCACAGUGUGCAAAUCCCUUCCCAGUUGGGGAAACACAUAUCACUAAAAGAAACGUGUUUCCAGGUGGGGGAACACAUAUCACUAGGGAUAUGUGUUUCCCAGGUGGGGGAACACAAAUCAGUAGGGAUACGUGUUUCCCAGGUGGGGAAACACAUAUCACUAGGGAUAUGUGUUUCCCAGGUGAGGGAACACAUAUCACUAGGGAUACGUGUUUCCCAGGUGGGGGAACACAUAUCACUAGGGAUACGUGUUUCCCAGGUGGGGGAACACAUAUAACUAGGGAUACGUGUUUCCCAGGUGGGGGAACACAUAUCACUAGGGAUACGUGUUUCCCAGGUGGGGGAACACAUAUCACUAGGGAUACGUGUUUCCCAGGUGGGGGAACACAUAUAACUAGGGAUACGUGUUUCCCAGGUGGGGGAACACAUAUCACUAGGGAUACGUGUUUCGCAGGUGGGGGAAGACAUAUCACUAGGGAUAUGUGUUUCCCAGGUGGGGGAACACAUAUCACUAGGGAUAUGUGUUUCCCAGGUGGGGGAACACAUAUCACUAGGGAUACGUGUUUCCCAGGUGGGAGAACACAUAUCACUAAAGAUAUGUGUUUCCCAGGUGGGGAAACACAUAUCACUAGAGAUACGUGUUUCCCAGGUGGGGGAACACAUAUCACUAGGAAUAUGUGUUUCCCAGGUGGGGGAACACAUAUCACUAGGGAAACAGGUUUCCAGGUGGGGAAACACAUAUCACUAGGGAUAUGUGUUUCCCAGGUGGGGAAACACAUAUCACUAGGGAUACGUGUUUCCCAGGUGGGGGAACACAUAUUUCUAGGGAUAUGUGUUUCCCAGGUCGGGGAACACAUAUAACUAAAGAUACGUGUUUCCCAGGUGGGGAACACAUAUCACUAGGGAUAUGUGUUUCCCAGGUGGCGGAACACAUAGAACUAGGGAUACGUGUUUCCCAGGUGGGGGAAGACAUAUUACUAGGGAUACGUGUUUCGCAGGUGGGGGAAUACAUAUCACUAGGGAUAUGUGUUUCCCAGGUGGGGGAAGACAUAUCACUAGGGAUACGUGUUUCCCAGGUGGGGGAACACAUAUCACUAGGGAUACGUGUUUCCCAGGUGGGGGAACACAUAUCACUAGGGAUAUGUGUUUCCCAGGUGGGGGAACACAUAUUACUAGGGAUACGUGUUUCCCAGGUGGGGGAACACAUAUCACUAGGGAUACGUGUUUCCCAGGUGGGGGAAUACAUAUUUCUAGGGAUAUGUGUUUCCCAGGUCGGGGAGCACAUAUAACUAGGGAUACGUGUUUCCCAGGUGGGGGAACACAUAUAACUAGGGAUAUGUGUUUCCCAGGUGGGGGAACACAUAUCACUAAAGAUAUGUGUUUCCCAGGUGGGACAACACGUAUCACUAGGGAUAUGUGUUUCCCAGGUGGGGAAAGACAUAUCACUGGGGAUCUGUGUUUCCCAGGUGGGGAAACACAUAUCACUAGGGAUACGUGUUUCCCAGGUGGGGGAACACAUAUUUCCAGGGAUAUGUGUUUCCCAGGUCGGGGAACACAUAUAACUAGGGAUACGUGUUUCCCAGGUGGGGGAGCACGUAUCACUAGGGAUAGGUGUUUCCCAGGUGAGGGAAAACAUAUCACUAGGGAUACGUGUUUCCCAGGUGGGAGAACACAUAUCACUAGUGAUAUGUGUUUCCCAGGUGGUAGAACACAUAUCACUAGGGAUACCUGUUUCCCAGGUGGGGGAACACAUAUCACUAUGGAAAUGUGUUUCCCCGGUGGGGAAACACAUAUCACUAGGGAUACUUGUUUCCCACGUGCGGGAACACAUAUCACUAGGGAUAUGUGUUUCCCAGGUGGGGGAACACAUAUCACUAGGGAUAUGUGUUUCCCAGGUGGGGAAACACAUAUCACUAGGGAUACGUGUUUUCAAGGUGGGGGAACACAUAUUUCUAACGAUAUGUGUUUCCCAGGUCGGGGAACACAUAUAACUAGGGAUACCUGUUUCCCAGGUGGGGGAACACAUAUAACUAGGAAUGCGUGUUUCCCAAGUGGGGGAACACAUAUCACUAAAGAUAUGUGUUUCCCAGGUGGGGGAACACAUAUCACUAGGGAUACGUGUUACCCAGGUGGGAGAACACAUAUCGCUAGGGAUAUGUGUUUCCCAGGUGGGGCAACACAUAUCACUAAAGAUAUGUGUUUCUUAGGUGGGGGAACACAUAUCACUAGGGAUACAUGUUUCCCAGGUGGGGGAACACAUAUCACUAGGGAUAUGUGUUUCCCAGGUGGGGAAACACAUAUUACUAGGGAUACUUGUUUCCCAGGUGGGGCAACACAUAUCACUAAAGAUAUGUGUUUCUCAGGUGGGGGAACACAUAUCACUAGGGAUACAUGUUUCCCAGGUGGGGGAGCACAUAUCACUAGGGAUAUGUGUUUCCCAGGUGGGGAAACACAUAUUACUAGGGAUACUUGUUUCCCAGGUGGGAGAACACAUAUUACUAGGGAUACGUGUUUCCCAGGUUGGGGAACACAUAUCACUAGGGAUAUGGGGUUCUCAGGUAGGGGAACACAUAUUUCUAGCGAUACGUGUUUCUCAGGUGGUUGAACACAUAUCACUAGGGAUAUGUGUUUCCCAGGUGGGGAAACACAUAUCACUAGGGAUACGUGUUUCCCUGGUGGGGAAACACAUAUCACUAGGGAUAUGUGUUUCUCAGGUGGAGGAACACAUAUCAAUAGGGAUACGUGUUUCCCAGGUGGGAGAACACAUAUCACUAGGGAUAUGUGUUUCCCAGGUGGGGCAACACAUAUUACUAGGGAUACCUGUUUCCCAGGUGGGGGAACACAUAUCACUAAAGAUAUGUGUUUCCCAGGUUGGGGAACACAUAUCGCUAGGGAUACGUGUUUCCUAGGUGGGGGAACACAUAUCACUAGGGAUACGUGUUUGUUAGGUAGGGGAACACAGAUUACUAGGGAUACUUGUUUCUCAGGUAGGGGAACACAUAUCACUAGUGAUACGUGUUUCUCAGGUUGGGGAACACAUAUCACUAGGGAUAUGUGGUUCUCAGGUAGGGGAACACAUAUCUCUAGGGAUAUGUGUUUCCUAGGUGGGGGAACACAUAUCACUAGGGAUAUGUAUUUCCCAGGUGGGGGAACACAUAUCACUAGGGAUAAGUGUUUCCCAGGUAGGGGAACACAUAUCUCUAGGGAUAUGUUUUUCCCAGGUGGGGAACACAUAUCACUAGGGAUACCUGUUUCCCGGGUGGGGGAACACAUAUGACUAGGGAUAUGUGGUUCUCAGUUAGGGGAACACAUAUCUCUAGGGAUAUGUGUUUCCCAGGUGGGGGAACACAUAUCACUAGGGAUAUGUGGUUCUCAUGUGGGGGAACACAGAUCACUAGGGAUACGUGUUUCUUAGGUGGGGGAACACAUAUCACUAGUGAUACGUGUUUCCCAGGUGGGGAACACAUAUCACUAGGGAUAUGUGUUUCCCAGGUUUGGGAACACAUCACUAGGGAUACGUGUUUCCCUGGUGGGGGAACACAUAUCACUUAGGAUAUGUGUUUGCGAGGUAGUCGAACACAUAUUACUAGGGAUAUGCGUUUUUCCUAGGUGUUGGAACACAUAUCACAAAAAAAUUGACACACCUUCUUUGUAACGACUUUCCAAGUUUCAGCCGACAGAGGGCAAAGGAAUGGGUAAAUAAAGUAAAUUUUUUGAGUUUUGAAGGCGAAAAGUUUUCCAUAUUCGUGCUUGCGUGAUCAGUGCGAGAAAAGCAAAGGAUCUUGAUGCCACAACUUUGCCACAACCCUGUUUACAUACUCUCAUACAAACACUCCUGCAGGGUUCUCAAUAGAAGGCGGCACCCGGCGAUUGAUCGCCGCUUACUUUGGGAUUUAUAGCCGCUUUCUUUGUGUUUAAGUCGCUUUUCUUUGCUUUGUUUUGACACCUCUGGCUUUGCUGAAGAGCCUCCUACUUUAUCAGUGAUCACCUCCUACUUAAAAAUCUAUUGAGAACCCUGACUCCUCUCGGCCAAUCAGAGGGUGCGUACUAUCUUAGUUAUUUAAUAAUUACAGGUAUAGUAUUAAUAAUUACAAUGCUCUACAUUCUAUUUGUCAUGCACACUGACAUUGGACAAGAGAUAUAACCACCUUCAUUGCAUUUUUGGUUACGCACAAUUAUGGGGGCAAUGUGUCAGUACUCCGUUUGUUUCAUUGCCCCUGUUUAUAUUUUAUAAAUUAUUGUUUUUUUAUUUCUUAGGCAAUGAGGGACUUGCGUCUUAAUCAUUUGCGUUUAUUACUGUUGAUGGCAAUUAUAGCAUCAGCAAUGUUAAUACCAUUUUGGGCGUUGUAUGAUUUACGAAGAGUUAUUUUAGUAAUUGAAUCGGUAAGUGUCUUACUGCUGGCGUGGUAGUAUUAGAGACUUUCUAUUUUACUGUCCUGUUGUAACUAUUUAUUGUUAAUAAUUUUCACUUUUUUGCAUUGAUUGAUUGAUUGGUUUACUUUUAUCUGAAUUCGGUAAUUUCAUAAGUUACAAACUUUGUUACAUGAAAGCCAUAUUGAAACACGGUCAAUAUGUACAGUUGAUAAAAUCUAGUCAACAAACUUUUUGCCGGCUGGCCAGUUUACUACUAAGAAUAACUUCAGACUCAGAUGCCUUUAUUUCAGUUAGCAGUGAAUUCCGCAACAUUCCUCCUCCUAUAUAUGAGAAUGACCCUUUGUAAUAUUCUGUUUUCCAGUGCAACAUUAUAUUCUUUGUUUCUUGCAUGUUAGUAGCUUAUAUUAUGACUUAUAUAAUAUAAUGGUUGUCCUUUCAUGCAUUUGUUGCUGUUUUUGCAGGGUGAACAAGAUCUUCUAUGGCUACUUGUCAUUCUGACAUUAAAUGGAUUUUUAAAUUUCGCUCAGAACAUGGUUGCCUUCACAGUUCUGUCGCUGGUGACCCCAUUAAGCUAUUCUGUUGCUGCUUCAACCAAGAGAAUCCUUGUAAUAACUGUAUCCAUUGUGUUAUUGCGUAAUCCAGUCGGUGUCAUCAAUGUGCUUGGGAUGUUUGUCGCUAUAUUUGGAGUAUUUCUUUAUAAUAAGGUGAGUGAUGCGCGCGCAGCAGUGGAGUGGCCCUGUGGACCCCCUUACAUCCUCUCUUCCUACCCUUCGGGCAAGAAUGGGGAGAAUGGAUAACAAUGACUUUUAACGAAUAGGAUUUCAAACAUCUGUAUCAAAAGCAAAACCCUUUAGUAGAAUGCUCUCGUACCCUCCUCUAAUCAAAAAUAUUAGUGGGUUUCUUUUACUUUCAGGACUCAUAAAAAACUUAAGUUUGGAAACAUUCCAAGUAAUUGGUAUAUCCCUAUGACAAAAUCGUUUAGAACCGAGAGCCAACACUUCUGAAGAAUGGCUAAAAUGUUACGGGUCAAAACUGAAUUCAGGUUAAAUUUUUUUUAACCUAGGUUGAUUCUAAAUUUCCUUUGUCUCCUAGCCCUAAUUCGUGAUUAAUUUGGUGCAGUAGACAAAGGAAAUUUAGAAUCAACCAAGGUUAAACAUUUUUAAACUGAAAUGGAUUUUGACCUGCAAUAGCUAUACCAUAAUACUUCACGGCCCACAACGAUGUUUGAGCUCAAUGUCAGGCUAAUAACGUCCAAGGUUAUAUUUUAUCCGAGCUUUAAUUGGUAGAAUUAUAGCAUUACCAGGCAAUUAAACUCGAGAUUACCAAGAAAACAACUCCAGAUACUGAACUCAGGCCUGUGAAGUUAGGGUUAUAAUUCUGCCAUCCCUUACCACUUGACAGUGCUGCCUCCCCCCAAUUGGUUCAUGAGGUUUGACACACAUAAUCCUUUAACCGACUCUUCUGUAUUUUUAGGCAAAAUAUGAGGCCAACAAAAGAAAACAUGAACUACCUUUGCACACAAAACAUAACGCAACUCCAAACCAUGUGAGCAACAAUCAUGCGCACUAUCAUGUGAUCUGAGUGAUGGGAAGGUUCUCAAUUCGAUGGGAUGCAACAAACACGAUGGACAAUCUGUAGGCGGAUGAUCUGGCAAUACUCAUAGUCAGAGUUACUUGUAUUGUGGGUGAUUGGAUGCCACAUAAUGGUGCUGGUGUUUCUUGCGGCAUGUCAGCGUCACACAAUGCUACAUAAGCCAGAUAGAACGUUAAACUACCGUGGGAUGAACCUGAUGCUUAUAAGUGAGAAUAGUUAGGUUUGUCCUUUGUGAAGUUCGACGUUAAAACAGGGCCUCAUAAUUCAUCAAAGUUCAUCAAUUUUGGUGGCUGCUGUUGCUCAGUUUUGAUCAGUUAAUUUGAGGCGGUAAUAAUUGCAGUUGAUGCACGAAAAGAGAGAGAUGGAGAAGAUAUGCACAACAGUGAUAUAAACAGUGGAUUCUUUUAUUUAGGAGGGAUUAUUUAAGAAAAAAAAAUUGAAGAACGCUGGGGCUACAGAGGUGCUUUAGUUAAUAUACAAGAUCAUUAGACGUUCAAUCUCAAGCCAAAAUCCUAAGAAUCGACCUCUUUAGCUUGUAUGUUUUGUUUUCCCAGUACAGGUCAUGUAAUAAUACUCUAGAGAACUGUUUUACAUAAUUUAUGGAAAUUGAAAUGAUCAGACAAAGGGAGUCAAGUUUUACUGGGACGUCUAUAGGGAAAAAUCAUACAAUCUAAAGAGGUCUAUUCAAGAGAAGGGACGUAAUUUGACACACCUCCCCUUCACUGUCCCCUUCCCGAAAAAAAAUCUGUUUUCUCCCCAGAUUUUGCUCGAUAAAUAAUACAUGGUUUGGACCUCACGAUCGAAUUUGACCCUUGUUAAUAUAACCUCCCGAUUUAGAGGAAUUUAUUAGAGUGUUCGGGCUCUGAUCUAUUUUUUGAAAGCAAGAGAGGACGUAGGAAACUUAUUAAAUCUUGCGUUAAUUCAGACGACACGUGGGCCAAAAAAACUGAAAUAGUUUUUUGUUGUGGCCUGUGUCAAUCAGUCAAUUUUGUUGUUGGCUUUGUAGCCAGGUCCGGUGAACGUGUGCUGAAAAGAAAAAGAACAAGGUGAAAUGCCCUUAAAAAUAAAACAACUUCAAUUUUAACACGGAGUCGCAAAGAUUCUAUUGGAAAAGAUUAUUGUCGUUUCACCUAGUACAGUUUAUGUUGGAAAACUUUUCUUGUCUUUUUUUUAAAUUUUGCUCCUGUUACAUCUCUGUUUCUGAGUUCGCUGAUGACAGACGAUGAGUAUUUAUUACUGUAUUUAUCUAUUUAUUUUGUUUUUUGAUGAAGGAAACAUAUGUGCUGACUAUGCAAAUUUGAAAAAAAUUAUUGAAUGAGGUUUUGCUAUGACUGGGAUAAUCAGGG